AUGGCCAGUAUUCCAGCACCAAUAGCCAUCGUCGGAAUAGGCUGUCGAUUUCCGGGCGGUGCCAGCAGUCCAGAAAAGCUUUGGGAAAUUCUCUCUGAAGGCCGAGGAACAUGGUCUGAGGUACCAGAAGAUAGAUUUAACUGGAAAUCAUUUCAUCAUCCCGACCCCGAAAAUGGGGGAACACACAAUCAUCGUGGUGGUCACUUUCUUGAUUCAGAUAUCGCCACUUUUGAUGGAAAGUUCUUCGGUAUUUCCCCUCAAGAAUGUGAAGCAAUAGAUCCUCAAUAUCGCCUCCAACUAGAAGUCACAUAUGAAGCAUUAGAAAAUGCUGGUCUGUCCCUAGAGGAUCUUCGUGGUUCUGAUACCGCCGUGUACGUCGCUACUUUUGGAAAUGAUUAUGCAGGUAUUCAAUGUAGAGACCUCGACACAGUCUCAAAAUAUCAUUUAACAGGAACGGGUUCUGCCAUGGCCUCCAAUCAAAUUUCUUACCUGCUAGACCUUCGGGGCCCAUCCAUCACCUUGGACACAGGUUGUUCUGGAAGUAUUGUCGCCAUCCAUCAGGCUUGUCAGUCACUCAGAACCGGAGAAACCAAAAUAGCAGUUGCAGGUGGCGUGAGUUUGAUCAUAACUCCCGAUCUUAUGAUACCCAUGAGCAUGAUUGGUGUACUAAACCAAGAUGGAAAAUGCUACUCGUUCGAUAGCCGAGGCGCAGGCUAUGGUCGUGGUGAGGGAGCUGCUAUGGUAGUCCUCAAAAAGCUAGACGACGCUAUUCGGGAUGGUGACAAUGUCCGGGGAAUAAUUCGGAACUCUGGAAUCGGGCAGGAUGGAAAAACACCGGGUAUCACAGUCCCAAGCCGAGAAGCACAGUUGAAUCUCAUCCAAUCCGUCUACCGGCAGGCAAACCUCGAUCCCAAAUACACAAGAUAUAUCGAAGCCCAUGGCACUGGGACUAUCGUUGGAGAUGGAGCUGAAAUCGCUGCCAUUCGCGCAGCUUUCAGUGGUGAUGAGGGAUCUCCUAUAAACGUGGGAUCUGUCAAACCAAAUAUUGGGCACCUGGAAAGUGCAAGCGGCAUUGCUAGUCUGAUAAAAGCUGUUUUGAUGCUGGAGAAUGAUGCAAUACCGCCAAAUGUGAAUUUGGUGACUUUGAAAGAGAACCUUCGGGGAAGCGAUAUUGCUAUACCAACCAAACUCGAUUCAUGGGAUGAAACUACUUUACGUCGUAUCUCGGUCAACAAUUAUGGCUACGGAGGAACUAAUGGUCACCUUAUUCUGGAUUCAUUGUCUACUUAUGAGAACGAAGUUUUUGAGCGUCGGAGGCUCAACCAUUAUCAGGUUUUGAAUGACUGCCAUAGCGGUGAGCAAGGCCGGAUGAGUGGUCAUACUAAAACGAAUUCCGACGAUUUUGUUUUGAUAAACGGCCAUGACCAUGAAUACACAAAUGAAGAACCGAGCGAUAUUACACCAAACAGCCAAAAAGAGCGCUGUAUCACAAACAGUGUUGCGGAGCCAAUAGAAAAUCCGAAAAGUGGCGUUUUGCAACAGCCAGAUCACGCACGCACCUAUCCCCAGGUCCUUGUUCUGACAGCAAAAUCAGAAGAAUCAUUAAUCAAGAACAUAGAUAAUUUGUGGCAAUGGGUUUCUCAGAGCUCUAAUCUUGGAGAUGAUACCUUCCGAAACCUGGCAUACACCUUGUCAACCCGUCGGUCUCUUUUCCGGUGGAGAUACAGUCUUGUAGGCACGUCGUUCAAAGAUAUCACGGCACGCUUGACUUCAAGUAAUCCGAAAACAACGAAAUCUGGAAACCAGCGUCAGAAUGCCUUUGUGUUCACCGGUCAAGGAGCGCAAUGGUUUGCAAUGGGCCGUGAGCUUAUGGGCCGAAGUACCCCCUAUCUGAGAUCCCUCCAAGCUUCUGACAGAAUCUUGAAAGAAUUUGGAGCUUCCUGGAGUUUAAUGGAGGAACUUUCAAAGGAAGCCUCAACUUCAAGAGUAAAUAAGAGCGAGAUUGCUCAGCCAACUACAACAGCACUGCAAAUCGCUCUUGUAGAUCUCCUUUCCUCUAUAAAGCUAUCACCCGAUGCUGUUAUUGGUCAUUCCAGUGGCGAGAUAGCAGCGGCUUAUGCAGCAGGGUCGUUAAGUCAACAUUCAGCUUUGAAAGUCGCGUAUUACCGCGGACUUCUUAGAGUUAGUGGAUCUUUGAAGGGGGCAAUGAUGGCUGUAGGACUGGGCGAAAAGUCUGUUUCUCAAUACAUCUCACAAGUCACUUCCGGAAAAGUCGUAAUUGCGUGUUCCAACAGCCCGGAAAGCUCCACCGUUUCAGGUGACGAACUUGCAAUACUCGAACUGAACAAAAUUCUAGAUGCAGAAUCGAUUUUUGCAAGAAGAUUGGCCGUUGAUACGGCCUACCACUCGCAUCAUGUCAAAUCAGUAGCAGAUCAAUAUCUACACAGUCUGGAGGGACUGGAAUAUGACACUACAUCGUCAGCUGUACGGUUUAUCUCAUCUGUUACCGGGACAGAGAUGACUUCUGGAUUCGGUGCUGAUUACUGGGUCAACAAUCUUGUUUCCCCAGUUCGCUUUCAGAAUGGACUAGAAGAAUUAUGCCGCAAGAUGUCAUUAGCUUCUCCUCAAAGUAAACUUGCAUUCAUCGAAGUAGGACCUCAUAAUGCUCUAUCUGGACCUAUCAGGCAGACAAUGGCUUCUUUAAAUUUGUCCUCGGGAUACUUCAGUACGUCUAUUCUGACUAGGAACCAAGAUGCACGUUUCACUGUUUUAGAGGCUGCCGGUAAGCUUUUUGAGGAAGGAUGUACAGUAGAUUUACAAGCUGUGAAUUUCCUCUUCGAGCCUAAUCGACGGCAAAAGGUACUGAUUGAUUUGCCGACUUAUUCGUGGGACCACUCAAGUAGAUACUGGCGCGAAUCACGAUUAAGUAAAGCGCAUCGAUUUCGAAAACAUCCAUACCAUGACCUUCUCGGUUCACGGCUUGCAAGCAGUACAGGUGUGAACCCGAUAUGGCGGCAUGUGAUCGGUGUGGAUAGUUUACCGUGGUUGGGAGAACAUGUCAUUGAUGGUUUCAUGAUAUUCCCAGGCUCGGGUUACAUAUCGAUGGCCAUUGAAGCGAUGCGUCAAUUGGUUUCUGAGACACAUGACCCUCUCAGUAUCUCAAGCUAUAAUUUCAAGAACAUCCAGAUUCCGGCGCCUCUAGUGAUACCCGACUCGCCAAAUACUGUCGAAAUACAAUUGAGCCUUGUGACCGGUAGGAAUCAACAGGACAAUUCAAAGUCUAAGUGGGAGGAAUUCAAGGUAUUUUCUGUCUCGGCUGAAGGCGCUAGCGUUGAACACUGCCAUGGAUUCAUCAUGGCGGAGAUGUCGUCUGACACAGACGAAGUGGAAACUACAAAAGAAAAGAAUCUUAAUUCUUUAUCUGAAAUUAGUCGUCUUAAUGAACUGGAAUCACUCUGCGACGAUGAAAUAGAUACUGUGAAGCUUUACCGCGAUUUAAAAUCGAGGGGGAACAGUUAUGGACCGAAUUUCUCCUGCAUUAAGGAACUUACUCUUAGUAGCACACAUGCUCUGGGAGUUCUGAACAUUCCCGAUAUGUCUCAGAGCAUGCCAACUCCAUUUCAGCAACCUCAUGUGAUCCAUCCUGCAACACUCGACGCUUUGAUGCAUCAAGCUGUAGCAAUCUUCAAUCGCCAUGCGCAGGAUACCGUCUUCAUGAUUGUUGGAAUUAAUGAGCUGAAGAUAUCUUCUCGUCUAGCAAGCAAUCCAGGCGCCUCUCUAACACUGGCGACGACUACCUCAGGGGUUGGAUCAAGGUAUCCAUCCGCAGACAUCUCUGCAUUCCAGAAGAACUCGGAUCUCGACAUGGAGGUUGUCAUUCAAAUGAAAGCUGCAAAACUUCGUGCUACAGGGAUUUCCAAUGGUAAUGCGCCAGAUGGCACUAGGGAGCGCAAUAUGAGCUAUACCAUGAAUUGGGAUUUGGAUGCUGACCAUAUGACCUCUUUGAUGUUUUUACCAGGUCCAGAUACCAUCGAAGCUGAUCGAGCGCAAGAGCGAAAACUAGACUUUUUGAAUCAAGCCGCUGCAGUUUACGUUAAUCGCUGUGUAAAAAGCCUUUCAGCCAACGGCCCGCCGAUACUUUCGGGGCAUUUUCCGCAUCUUUUCAAGUGGAUGAAGCGAUGGCAAGAGUCUGAAGAAUUUAAAUCCUUGCUUCAAGAAGUUUUCGAGACCAACGUGGAGCAAAUCCUCGAAGAUGCGCAGAAACUUGGAGUCGAAGGAGAGUUGCUAUGGCGAGUGGGACGCGAAUUGGAUUCCAUUCUAAUCGGAAAGUCAGAUGCGCUUUCCUUGAUGUUGGAAGACGACCUUUUAUACCGUCUCUACGCGGAUGAUGCUUCAUCGCGAUGCUAUGCACAUGUCAUUUCGUAUAUGAAAAAGCUUGUUUUCAAAAACCCAAACAUGAAGGUCAUUGAAUUAGGUGGUGGAACCGGAGGAACCACGGCUCCGUUAUUGGAGGCUCUCGAUUCAAAUGGUAUUCUUCCUUUCGAAAAGUACGUCUUUACUGAUGUUUCUUCUGGCUUCUUCGAACGCACCAGAGCUCGUCUUCAGAGAUGGGAUAGCUAUCUAGAGUAUAAAAAGUUGGACCUUAACAUCGGCGUAUCGGAACAGGGUUUUGAAGAAGAGGGUUAUGAUCUAAUUAUCGCUGCAAACUGUCUCCAUGUUGCCUCUUCUAUGGAUGGCGUGAUGUCAAGCGUCAGGAACCUUCUCAGACCUGGUGGAAAGAUUGUUAUGAUCGAAAUGACUCGUACCGUACCCCUCUACAACACCUUUGUUGGUUUACUAGAAGGCUGGUGGGCAGGUAUAGGAGAUGGUCGGGUCGAUAGUCCAGGCUUAUCAGUUGAACAGUGGCAGUCCACACUGUUAAGGAACGGUUUCAGUGGUGUAGAAAUUGUCGCAAAUGAUUUCGAAGGCAAAGCUCAACGUUCGGCAAUGCUAGUAUCCAGAGCAACAGAUCGGAUUAAUAAUCUCUCAAUCCGGCCAAGUUUACCGAUAAAACUAAUUUUCUGCCCUAGCUGGUCAGUUCAUCCUCCACAAUUUGCCAUCGAUUUAAGCUCUGGGUUGAUUAAGCACGGAUUCAGCGUGACUAUGGAGAGUCUUCUCACCACUCAGUUUAGUGGGGAGCAUAUAUAUAUCAUCCUUGACGAUGGUUUACAUCCAAUUUUGACUACCGACACCCCCACGAUAUUUGAAUAUGUUAAAUGCCUCUUAGAGAAAGCUACGCGGGUACUGUGGGUCAGCUCUCAAGAUAAUCCUACGGCAAACAUGAAUCCCGAAAAAGGGAUGAUUGCUGGGCUUGCCCGCGUUGUUCGAGCAGAAAAUGAACUUUUACGUCUCAUAACAAUGGAUGUUCAAGACAGUAUCUUCAAAUCAUUUGGUGGGCUCAUCCAAGCUAUUAGUCAAAUUGUCAAAAGCGGAUUUGAUGAUUCUAGUGAAUUGGCAAAGGAGCUUGAGUAUAUAUACAGGAACCAAGUGGUGUUAAUACCACGGCUUUUGCAAAACGAAAACAUCAACGAGCGUAUACAGAACGUCAGUGGAAAGGUAAAACUGCAGACACAACCAUUCCAUCAGCCCAGUAGACCACUAAAGCUCCAUGUUGGAAAGCCUGGAUUCCUGGAUAGUCUCUCAUUUGUGGAUGAUAAAGCACUGGAAGGGCCCUUGCCAGCUUCACACAUAGAGGUACGAGUUGAGGCAUGUGGCCUAAACUUUAAGGAUGUCCUCAUAGCGCUAGGCCAAAUUAACAAGGACUAUUCAAUGACAGCCGAAUUUGCUGGAGUUGUCACCAAGGUCGGAUCUGACCACCAGAGUUCGUUUCAAGUUGGUGAUCGUGUUUGCGGUAUGGGCGGGUCACCAUAUGCUAGCACUGUUAGACUUGAUGGACAAAGAGCGAGCCAUUUCCCAUCGUCAAUGUCGUUCGAAGUAGCUGCUUCUAUACCUGUUGUUUUUGCAACGGCCUACCAUGCGCUUGUAGAUAUUGCUAACCUUCAAAUGAAUCAAACUGUUUUGAUUCAUUCGGCAGCUGGUGGAGUAGGUCAAGCUGCGCUGCGGGUUGCCCAGCAUAUCGGGGCAGAAAUAUUUUUGACUGUCGGAAAUGCAGCAAAGCGCGAAUUACUUAUCAAACAGUUUGGAAUUCCGGAAGAUCACAUAUUUUCCAGUAAGUUGCGAACAUUCAGACAAGGCAUUCACCGGAUCACCAAGGGCAAAGGUGUCGACGUUAUUCUUAAUUCUCUUUCCGGCGAGAUACUUCAGGAGUCAUGGGCUUCCAUUGCAAGAUUUGGUGUCUUCAUUGAGCUCGGCAAAGCUGACGCUUUGUCAAACGCGGGUUUGAGUAUGGCACCUUUUGAAAGGAAUGUAACAUUUUCUUCCGUGGAUCUACAAAUGAUUGCCGACUAUCGACCCCAAAAGAUAAGAAGCCUUUUGCAAGCAGUUUUAGGCUUGUUUGAAGACGGGGCUUAUCUUCCUAUCAAUCCCAUUACCACAAUGUCUAUUACCAAUAUUGAGGAUGCUUUUAGGCUCCUUCAAACACGCAAACAUACAGGCAAGGUUAUCUUGAAGGCCGAUUUCGAAGCGACAGUUAAAGCACCAGCGGUAGUGGCGAAUGACCUGAUGAUUUCUGAGGAAGGGGUGUGUUUGAUUGCCGGCGGACUUGGUGGUCUUGGUUUAGAAAUUGCCCGUAUGCUUGCUAGGAAUGGAACAAAAAGUAUCGCACUAAUGUCGCGAAGACACUUAGCUUCAUCGGAGCUAGGACACCUCGAGGAAGAAUUCAAACAUCUAGGGACAAAAUUGUAUAUUUUGACCUGCGAUAUCACAGAUCUUUCAAAGUUAAGAGAGUCAAUUUCACCUUUCGGCGUUGAUAUGCCUCCAAUAAAAAGUGUUAUCCAAGCAUGCACAAUCCUUCAGGAUCGUGUCUUAAGCAAAAUGAGUCUUGAAGAUUUCAAACUAGCGACCCAACCAAAGUGUCUUGGGACUAGUAAUCUGGUCGAAGUAUUCAACAAUCAGCCUCUCGAUUUCUUCCUCAUGCUUUCUUCUACUGCUGGUAUGCUAGGUAUGAUAUCUCAAGCCAAUUAUGCGGCGGGAAAUAAUUAUAUGGAUACACUUGCACAGAACAAGAGAACUUCCCAAGACGCAACCACCAAUUUUGUUUCAAUUGAUUUUGGUCCCAUCGAUGAUGCUGGAAUAAUUGCGGACAGAAUGAGAGCAAAGGAAGGUAUGCUUCGCCGAGGCUUCGUUUUGAUCAAAUUAAAGGAGGUUCUGGCCUUAAUAAGCUACGCAAUUAGCCACUCUGCAAAAAGAGAGAGAAGUAAUCAAUUUGUCCUCGGAUUCGAUUACAAAUCCAUCACAGAAUCAGAUAACACAGAUACACUCCAAAACCCAAUGUUCUCACAUCUCCUCCGACAUUCAAGUAGACAAAGCUUCGAAGAGGAUAAAUCGCCUGUUCAAAAUAUCCAAACUCUUAUCGCAGCGGCAAAAGAUACUUCCAAAAUCAAUCUGAUAAUUGCUGAAGAGAUCGCAAGAAAGAUGUCCAACCUCGUGGCUAUGGAUUAUGAAGAAAUCGAACUUGAGCGCCGUAUGGCUGAUUUUGGACUGGAUUCUUUGGUCAUCAUCGAAAUGAAAAAUUGGAUCACACAGAUCUUCCAAGCCAAGCUUCAAGCCUCGGAGAUAUCUGAUGCGUCAAAUAUUAUGAAUUUAGCUGAGAUUGUGGCUUCUAGAUCAGCACUCAUCACGAGGAAUUUACCGAGUCAACCUCCAAAAAGCGACGACCCGAGGACCGCAUCUAAGCAAAAGGAACCAGAAAUCUUAGAGCAGAAGAAUGUGACUGAAAUCAUUACCUUACCAAAACAGCCGUUGCCAGAUCUAGAUAAUUCUCUGUCCCAAUUUCUAGAUUCUCUCCUCCCGGUACUCACCUCGGAAGAAUACGCUCGCUACGAGAAUUACGUCACUGAAUUUCUCAAACCAGAAGGAUUCGGGCGAAAACUCCAAGCUCGACUUUCUAAAGUAGCUCAGGACCCCAAGGUAGAAAAUUGGCUCGGCGAAUUCUACGCGACUAGUAUGUUCCUAAAAGGUCGUCGUUCAUUAGUUCCCUGGCUCAACUUUUUUGCUACGCAUUUUAUGAGUCCGGUUCCUCACACGGCCGCAGAGAGGGCAGCUAUCAUUUCGAAUGCGGCAUUUCGGUUUAAGCGACAGCUGGAGAGAGGUGAAGUAGGUUAUGGAUAUUAUAAUGAGCAGCCUAUCAGUAAAGAUGCUUAUCAGUGGUUUUUCAACGCGACCCGCGAACCAGGAAAUCCAAAAGAUUUCAUGAGAAGAUAUCCUGGUAAUGAUUAUCUGAUUGCGUUCCGUAGGGGGCAUGUCUACAAGAUUUCUGUACAUGAUUUGGAUGAGGUUACCUCCUAUUCGGCGCUCAGAGAUGCUUUUCAAAAUAUUCUGGAUGGCGAUCAAAAGCCAGAGUCAUGGGUUGGAGUGUUGACGCAAGAUACACGCGAUCGUUGGGCAGAGCUCCGUGUCGAACUCCAAAGUCUAAGCAAGGAAAACGAAACAUGGAUUCGUGACAUUGAAGCUUCCGCGUUUGUUGUCUACUUAGAUGAUGUACAGCCACAGAAUGCCUCAGAAAGAGCACCGCACUUUCUACAUGCCAAUGGUUUCAAUAGAUGGAGUGAUAAAACCAUCCAAUUCUCCAUCUGUGACAAUGGAAUUUCGGCAACCAUCGGCGAACACACCAUGUUAGACGGAGUGACAUUUCUCCGUUUGAAUGAUUUCGUCACCAAAGCAAUAAUGACCUUUGACCCUCAGAGACUCACUAAUAUUCCCUCUCACCCAGCACUUAUGAUCACAGUUUCAGAAUCUUAUACAUUCAAAACCACACCAUCAAUCGAAGAGCACAUCACUCGCAUCCGAGCACAACUCAAAAACGACACAUCACGCGUCGAGUUCCGCGCGUUUGAGAUCCCCACCCUCAAUCGCGAGCUCUUCCGCCUGCACAAAUGUCCACCCAAUUCUGGUUUCCAACUAGCUAUCCAACUAGCCGUUCGACGCUACUUUGGACGUAACCCUGCAGCAUUCGAACCUAUCUCCUUGAAUCACUUCCACAAAGGUCGAAUUGAUGUAAACCACAUUAUGCGUCCUUCUAUUUCUAGUUUCUGCGCCGCGGCUGCAGAUACUAAAAUACCUACUGAUGAGUUACGGGGUUUAUUCUUUGAUGCUGCACGAAUUCAUGCUAGUAAUGUAGUAACUACAUCGCGAGGACAUGGAUUUGAUAGACAUCUCUUCGCGCUCGAAUGGUCCGUUCGAGGAGGUGAGACGGUCCCGGUAUUAUUCACGGAUCCGACAUAUAAGAGUAAAAGACGACCUCCUCAAAUUAUGACGAAUUGUAUUGUGGGUGAGGCGCUUGAGGGAGGUGACUUUUUUGAUCAUCCGAAUGGGGUUUCUGUUACCUAUGAGACGAAGGAUGAAUUGUGA